CCGGGCCUAGCAAAACGAUAACAUUGCUGAAGUCUGAAAGACGAAAAGGAGAACGUGUUUGUCGAAAAGAAAAUAAUUAUUGAAAUCUCCCAGACAUUGCAUUAACAAAUAUGUUGGAAGACCUCAGUAUCAGCAUCUGAAGACUGUUUACGGCAUGACCUUUGUUUACUAAACACACAAUAGCCUACUGAGCCCAGCGCCAAUUAGGUAUCCUCUGAACAGUGUAUGAACAAGCUCAUUCACAAUGGAAACUGAAGCAGAGGUUAUUCCUAUUUGGCAGAACAAGCCUCAUGGGUCGACUCGCAGUGUUGUGAGGAGAAUAGGCUCUAUUGUGCCCAUGAAACCCCCGCCCAGGGCAUGUUUCCAGGAACUCCCAGGCCUCCCUCCUCUGCGGCCCAUGGAUGGCCCCAUGGUGCCCACACUGGCAGACAUUGCCUGGAUCGCAGCAGAUGAGGAGUCUGAGACCUAUGCCAGAGUGCGGAGCGAUUCACGCCCGCUGAGACACGAGUGGCGACCCACGCCUCUCCUGGUUAUGCACAGGAACUCCUCAGUGCCCAACUUCCGCCGCGACGUCAAGAAGGUGGAGACGCUGAGGAAGCCUGCGGUGACGGCCAUGAACCGUACCACCUCCCUGCAGGACGAGCUGAGCAGACUCCGCUCCCAGAUCGCCAAGAUCGUAGCCACAGAAUCUGGCUCCAACCCCUUGACCCCCGACCUCCUGUCCCCCGACGACACCAGCAUGAGCUUUUCCAUGGCGCCCUUCGAGACGGCGCCCUACCAGCCUGCCGCCUCAGCCUCAUUCGUCAUCAGCGACGUGACGGAAGAGGAAGAGGAGGAAGAUGAAGACGAGGAUGUGGUGUCUGUGGUUUCGGAGCUGAUGCCGGACCCCAUGCCGCCCGCGAACAUGUCUGCCUCCAUGACGGCCUCGGCGACCUUUGACCUGGACCAUCCCUGCAUGGACUUCCGGGAGGCGGAGGAGGACACAGUGUCACUGUCGAAGUCCACCAGCUUUGCCGACGUCAUGGACAUCCUGAAGGACAUGAACCGCAUGAAGAUGAGCAAGGACAGGUGCAGCAGAGGCUGCACCUCCCUGAUGGGGGAGUCGGACUCCGCCUCACUGAUCUCCGAGGCCCUGAGGAAGAAGUUUACCCUGAAGGAUGAAGACAUCAGGGGGAUGAAGAAACACAACUAGAGCCUCCGUAGUCAUCCACCUCCCCACGCCUGUGCCUGACGACCCAGUCCCCGUGGAGACCCGGCUGCACCUCAUCAACCGUGGCAACAGCUAAACCAGACAUCUGGAAAAACAAACCACCUCCUCCCAAUAGGCCCAGUCAGUCAGAACCCAACCAAAUAUAAACCAUACCCUAGCUAUUAAAAAUAUUGCCUAGUCAGACCAUGGUAGCAGCUGGCUGGUAGGUGGUAGUAGAUGGGUACUGUUUGAUGUAGCACAGAGAAUUUUAGACCAACCGUAACUUGUCGAUACUUCCUCAAUUCCCGACUUGGAAGACAACCGAUGUCUUCUAAAAGUCCAUGUCUAGUUUCAGGGGGUUGUUUGAAUUUAGAAAAAUGCUCCUUUAAUAAAAUACAUUUUUGUCUGCCACCCAUUAUUAAUGAUACAAAAAAAAGUCUAAAGAUUUGACAGCAAUACCGUAUAAAAUUCAAGUCAGUUGGGAACAGGUUUUUGAUGUCCCAAUACCUUGGCAUCGGGUCUAUGAACAAUAGUUGACAUCAAUCCGUUCAUUUCAAUUUAAGCUAUUAUAUAAAAUACUUGCUACAAAAAGAAUGCUCAAUAUUUGCGGAAUUGGACAGUCAGCCUUGUGCAGUAGAAUCAAUAGAACAUAUUUUCUGGUAAUGUCCAUCGGUGGCUCGCAUUUGAGUCAGGUCCAGGAAUGGGUUAUGUCAUAGUAUCAGGGUUCUGGCAUCGGAACAACCACGAUCAGUCAAUGGGAAACGUCAUUAUACUCUUGGGUAAAGUAUUUAUUUUUAGGGCAAUAUCAGUAGAAGUGUUACAAAUAGGGAGGAUCAGGACCCUUCAGUAGUUCAGUAAGACAUCACAGUAAAAUGGAGGGAUGUAUUGCAAAAGGAAAUAGCAAAAUGGCGUUAUACUGGGAAAGAUGGGUUAAUCUGUGGACAUGAGAGGGUUUGAGUUAAGAUCGGGAAUGAAGUGUGGAUUGGCCGAUAUGGGUGAAAAUCCAGCACUUGAAGAAAGAGGAAAUUAGAAAUAUGUAUAGUUAUUUAACGACAGGGACCGUAGAUGUGAGCGAAAUAGCUGUAAUUAGCAGAAGUAUUGUAGUCUGUUAGUUUACGCCUAUCAGGGUAGGGGGAAAAAUGUAUAAGGAGAUUGGAAAUGAUGCAAACAAUUAAAUGGAUAGAACCUACAAUCUAUCUGCAAUAUUAAAGCUGAUCUACCCCCCACAUAAAAAUUAUAAUAAAAUGUAAUGUGUUUUGCUCCAUGAAGUAACCCAACGUGUACACCGCCAUCGUGCCUAUUCCAAAUCUUCUCUCAUUGAUUAAGUCAGGUGGGUGUCCACCCCAAAGCAACUAGACAUGGACGUUUUAGAAGACAUUGAUUGUCUUCCAAGUCAGGAAUUGAGGAAGUCUCGCCAAGUAAACGUUGGUAAAACAUUAUCUGUGCUACGCCAAACGGUACCUAACCUGUAACGGCCAAUGGAGCAUCACAUUAGCCAUUACAAUAUGCUAGCUAAACCAUACCCCUCUCGUUAUUCAAUCAACACUCCCUUUACACUCGCUGUCUGCUCCCACACACCUCUCAAAAAGGAAGAUUCCUUAUCCCAUCGCUUCAGGAGCAACAUCAUGGCAACGUAGUUUUGUGGGCGCUGUACAACAUCCUCUUCAGAUUCACCUACUUUGAUGGCUCUCGCUAGUCCCCAGACUGACUCCAGUGCUGCCCAGUCACCUUUUGUGUCCAGGCUGGGGUUUCUCCAGGAUAUAGUACCUGUCCUGGUACCUUGAGAGAAACUGUUUCCCCCCUUUUUUUGUUGUGGAUGGAUGCAUUUGCUGGAGUGGGAUAGUUAGAUAUUUUUUCUCUCAUUUAGUUUUAUGUAUAGUCCUGAUAAUACAUACUUGAAGUUGUAUGUACAAAUAACAGACUGCGGAGAGUAACGAGUACUACAAAACACUUAAUCCUAUGUUCAUUUCCAGCUAAAAAUAUCACGUUUUUCAGUGUUUAGUUGCGUUAGAAAUACAAUAUUGACUUUGCGGUCAUAGUCUAUGUGUACAGCAUAGGUUUGUUUAUUUGCAGUCUCCUUCAGGACCGACUCAUAAACCCCAUUGCAUCAGUACAAGAAAAUGUUAUUGCUGGCCUUGGGGUAAUAACUCUCAGAAUUUCGCUUGAUUGAUGGCCGCUAGGGUAACAUGAUACAGAUGAAUAAAUCCCGAUUAAAAUCAGUGGACGGCCAUGGCUAAAUAUGAAUGAUAUGUGUUUGAUGUGUGGUCUUUGGACUUGUGUUAUACAAGGAAAGCUUGGAAGACUUAUAAAUCUAUUGUAAAAUGUGAAUGAAUGCGUUCUCUUUCCUUCCUUGUGUGCUGUUGUGCUAUAUCUGCCUUUUUAAGACACCAGAGAAGAACUGUACCAUAAAAA